GAUGUGACUCUUACCGAGUUGGAGAGUAAUAACCAGGGCGUAUUUGACGAGAUGUGCUCGAGCCUUGAUAAUGGAAGAUCGCGGUUCAGGUUUAGGUGGGACUACGAACGGUUAGCUGCAUGUUACAAGGGAAUUCCACUGGAAGUACGCAAUGCUUUGCACUCUGAGCAUCUUAACAACAGAAGUCCUUCAAAAAUGUUGAUGAAUCAUCUCCAGACAAAAUAUCCUAACCUUCCAUUGCGCCAUUUUGUUUGGACACUGAAAGAGAUUGGACGAAAUGAUCUUGUUGAAAAGUUAAAGCCAUAUGUUAAGAAAAAUGUUAACAGCCCUCCCGCUUAG